AUGUCCCUAACCGACGAACUGGAGAGCCACUUUUCUGCAACCCCCUACAUGGUGACAGACACAAGCGAGAGCAGCCUGUUCAGAAUCAGACCCAACGCCUCUGCCAAUGCCACCGGGGACAGCACGUCAGCCGCCGGUUCCAUGGAGGACAUGAUCGCCAUCUGCACCAUUGGGACAAUCCUCUCCCUCAUGUGCGUGAUUGGGGUGACAGGCAAUGUCUACACCUUGCUAGUGAUGUGCCAUUACUUGCGAUCAUCUGCUUCCAUGUAUAUUUACAUCAUCAACCUUGCGCUGGCAGACCUGCUCUACCUUCUCACCAUCCCCUUCAUCGUUGGGACCUACUUCAUUCAGAAAUGGUACUUUGGGGACAUUGGCUGUCGCAUCCUGUUCAGUCUGGACUUCCUCACUAUGCAUGCCAGCAUCUUCACCCUCACAGUCAUGAGCACGGAGCGCUACUUUGCUGUGCUGAAGCCCCUAGACACAGUGAAGAGGUCCAAGAGUUACCGAAAGGCCAUUGCUGUUGUUAUCUGGCUGGUGUCACUGCUGCUCACUCUCCCAAUGCUCAUCAUGAUUCAGCUGGUGCAAAGGGACAACAAAAGCAUCUGCCUGCCCACUUGGAGCAAGCUGUCCUACAAAGUCUAUCUCACCAUCCUUUUUGGUACCAGCAUCGUGGGUCCAGGGGUAAUCAUUGGCUACCUUUACAUCCGAUUAGCUAAGAUUUACUGGGUGUCGCAAACAGCAUCCUUCAAGCAGACCAAGCGGCUGCCGAAUCAAAAGGUGCUCUAUUUAAUCUUCACGAUAGUGCUGGUGUUCUGGGCUUGCUUCUUGCCUUUCUGGAUAUGGCAGCUUCUCUUCCAGUAUUAUGAAUCCUUCCCUUUAUCUCCCAAGGUGAUGAAGAACAUUAAUUAUCUGACAACCUGUCUGACCUACAGCAACAGCUGUAUCAACCCCUUCCUCUACACCCUGCUCACCAAAAACUACAGGGAGUACCUGAAGAACAGACAGCGGUCCCUUAGCAGCAGCAGUGGGUACUUCCAAAGGAGGAAUCGGUUUCAGAGGAUUUCAGGGAGAUCCCUGUCCACGAGCAGUCAGCACUGCACAGAGACAUACGUUCUUGCUCACGCUCCUUUGGGAAACAGCAGUGCCUGA